CUGCGUGUCAUCAGCCAACACGUCAAUUUUGACAUUUACUGCGCCAUGAAAUUUUUUUAAUGAUUUUUAUUAUACACACACCGGUUAAGUUGCCAUUAAUAUUUUAGCAGUUAAACAAACAUAAAACGUGGCGUCAACAUGACACGAGUUUACUUAUUUUUGCUGAUUUUUUUAUUAAUUAAAUCCAUCGUGUGUUUGGAAAGAGAAAUGACCGUCAACGUAGACCCCAGAAAAGAAGACUGCUUUUUUCAGGCGGCCAAAGUGAGCGACGUAAUAGACUUUGAGUAUCAAGUGAUCGACGGAGGGCACGGUGACUUGGACAUCACUUUCCACUUGGUCGAUCCCUCUGGCAGGAUCCUCGUAGCCGAUUAUAAAAAAAGCGAGAACAAUCAUCGGAUUGAUGCGGCGCUGGCAGGAGACUACAAGUUCUGUUUCGACAACACGUUCAGUUCGUACAACGCCAAGACCGUGUUUUUUGAGUUAAUUGUCGAAGGAGAUGAUAAUUCUGAGUGGGGGAGUGAUGAAAAUAUUGAUUUGGAGGGGCUUCGACCGGAAGAUGUGUAUGAAAUGAAGGUGCAAGAUAUUCAACAGGUUAUAACUAAUGUGAGGAAUCACCUAUCGAAAGUGCGGCACAUGCAAGAGUUAUUCAAGUCGCUUGAAGCAAGAGACAGGAAUGUCGUUGAGGAGAAUUUUUUCAAAGUCAAUACGUUUUCCAUGGUGCAGAUUUGCACCAUGCUUGUUGUUGGGUUUAUCCAAGUGAUAAUGGUCAGAAGUUUGUUUGAUGACAAUUCAAAAGUACAUAAAAUAUGGAAGAAUUUAAAUAAAAGAUAGUGAUUUUGUUUGUGUUCAUUAAACUCUAUGGGACUGAUAAUUUUCAAUGUGUGUGUGUACAAAAAAUGUUAAAUGAUUAAAUUCCAUAUUUAUUAUUAUUACUAAAAAAAUUGAGUUAAACAUGACCAAAGUUGAUUUAGCAGUGCCAUGAUAUUUUCCUAGUCAUAAGGUUUUGGAUGGAAUUUAAUCAAACAGCAAUAACGUAUUACAUUAUUUACUUAAAUUGAAAGUCUUGAUAUACUGUACUAUACUGACUUCCAGGAUUGAUUAAUAAAUUACAUUUUCUAUGCCUGUUA